UGUAAAUUGUAGGUUAUAUUUUUUAAUUUAAUAUCAAAAUGGCACCGAAGAAAGGAAAAGGUAAGGAGCCACCACCACCACCAAAAGCUGCAAUGGGACCUCCACCAAAACCAAAGAAACCUCCACCUCCACCUGCUUGCUUUGGUCCUGAUGAUUUAGCUAAAUUUAAAGAAAUGUUCAAAGCUCAUGAUGAAGAUAAUAUUGACAAAGUUAAAUUAGAAGCGAUUCCGUUAAUGUUAAGAAAACUAGGUUUCAAUCCAAAAGGAGCCGAAAUAAAAGAACUUUUUAGAUUAUUUCUUGAAGACGAUCUCGUCGAUACAGUUGAAUAUCAUGAAUGGUUGUUUAUGAUUGAAGCAAAGAUGAACUGGGGUGAUGACUUUGAAGUAGCAGUAACUAAAGCUUUUGCUGCAUUAGGCCAUGAUGAUGCUGAAACUGGUGUGGCUGAUUUGGAACUUUUGCGCGAAGAGCUCAUGACUUGGGGAGAACCAUUAUUAGAGAUAGAAUUCGUCGAUUGGCUUCGACUAGCCCUAAAGGAUAAAACCUACAAUCCUGAAGACGGAACGUUGGCUUAUGUAAAGUUUAUUGAGAAUAUGAACGCCAAAGAUGAGAAAUAUAUAAAAGAGCCCAUUAAUUUCUUUAAAUUGGACCAGAAAACGUUGGCUGCGAUGGCAAUAAAGAAGGCUCAAGAAGAACGUGAAGAACAGGAGAAGAAAGAGGCAGAAAAACGAGCUAAAGAUGAAGCUAAAAGACAAAAAAUGAUUGCUGAAGGUUUAAUACCUCCAGAUUAG